UGCAACAAACCCCAGCACUCUGUAACUGAACACUAACAAUGACAAAGGCAUGGCCCUUCGUCACGUCUUGCUUUUUUAUUUCUUUUUUUCUAUCUCCGAAGAUUCCCGUUGCUCUUUCGGCACCUGAUUUCUCUUUGUAUCUCCACAGUAUUCUGAAGAACCAUACAGCUCAUGCCUGUGAAGGAGACCUGCUCGUCAUCAAGUGUCCCUCCAGGACAUCUGUAGCCGUCCUGUCAGCGUUUUAUGGAAGACGUGUUCCCUAUAAACACUUAUGUCCGGCAGCGAGCCCAAACGUGACAGUGGAAGAGGGCACAGAUUGCACUUCCUCAACCGCUUUAGAGAAGGUGCUGUCGGAGUGUCAGGACGAGCGGACGUGUCAUAUUCCCGUCCUCGCUCCUGUCUUUGGACCGGAUCCUUGUCCGCUCACCGCCAAGUACCUCUUGGUGUCCUACAAGUGCAGACCAGAGCACCAUCACACAAGACUUGUGUGUGAAAAUGAGCGUCUGAGGCUGUCGUGUAAAAAUGAGACCGUCCUCGCCAUCUACUCUGCCACAUUCGGACACCUCCUCCACGGAAGUCCCAACUGUCCCGAGGAGCCUGGAUCAAAGUCUGACAUGGAGUGUUUGUCGGCUGUGGCUCUGAGGAAGGUGUCCCGCAGGUGUCACGGCAGAGAAAACUGCUCAAUCUUCGCAGAUACUCAAACCUUUGGGGACCCCUGCUUCCCCGGCACCAGGAAGCACCUGCGGGUCUCUUUCACUUGUGUGCCCAGGUAUCUCCUUGAAGAUGUGGGUCGAGGGUCGACAGAUCCUUUCAUGAUCUCAGACCUCACACAUGGUGGAUGGUACACUGGCCCCACCUACUGGUCUCAAAAUGUCUUCUUAACCAACUGUCUGGAGAUCAUUGAAAAAAUAUUGGGUCUCCCAGAGAGAGUGGCUCUGUACUUCGUCUCUGGCAUCUGUGCCGGUCUGGUGUUCCUGCUCUGUCUGUUUGGGCUUCGCUCCACACUAGUGAGAGACGUUAAAGAUCUGGUUUCUGACUUGAACGAUCAGCUGAAAGCCUCCCGCAGGCAACGCACGGAGCUCAUGGACGACCUCUUCGACGAAGACGUCUCAGACACCUCUUCCUUUCGCCGCCUCACCCAGUCCUACCGUACAACGGAAACCUUCAGCCCGUCCACCUUAGCAGUGGAACUGGUGGAGCGAGAAGUGCAGCAGACAAGAGAUCAUCCUAAUGGCGACAUCUGGCCACAGCCGGACUCCAGUCCUUAUGCAAUUCACAAGAUUAAAACCUACAGUGACUGAUUUAGGUCAGAUUAUUUUUGCCCAAAAUUUGAGAUGAUGACAGAAACAAAAGGAAAUUCCAAUUGAUAUAACUUUGACUGUGUCUCAUUAAUGUUGAUGUAAUUAUGGUAAAAUAGUAGAAGUUUUGCUUGUGGGAUGCUAAAUUCUAAAAUCAAACCUGAUCGCGGUGUAAAAGUUAAUAUUUACAGAUGCAUACCCUCCAUCAUUUUAACAGUGUUUUUUUUUUUUUGGAUUGACUUGACUGAUGAUUGAAAAUAAUGAGGUGGAUACACUGUAAGCUACUAAAACUAAUAAAUACCGGUUAGUACUC